CUUUAAUAAAUAUUAGUCCAGCUUAUAGGGGACUUGAUCUUUUCAGCUGUAAAAUAGAAAAUGAUAUUGACUUAGACCUGACUCCAGUUUGCCACGCUUGGAUAGCAAGUGUAGUUUUAAAAAAAUAUGAGCAAAAGUUGGCUGAAUUAGAGCAACAUGAAUUGCCUGCUCCUCAGGUGAUCACUAUAUCAGAAGCUCAACAAUCUGCUGAGUCAGAACAAGAUGUUCCACAACAACAAACACAACUUUUAUUACAGAGUGGUUUACCAGAUCAAGGAAUUCCACUUCAAAUUGUUUUACCUCAAAGUGAACAUCAAGAGGAAUCACAAACUUCUCACGAAGUUGCACCUCAAGUAAUAUCUAUAAUUUUGACAAAAGAUGGUGAUGAUUCUACAGAUUCUACAGAUUCUAAUUUUCUUAUCAUUCCAAGACAACCAAAGUCAGAAACCUCCUCAUUACAUGAAGUUCCUCUCUAA